AUGUCGUUUGGCGAGGGCGAGGGCGAGGCUGCAAAUGGGCCUCCCCGCAAACGACAGAAGCUCUCUUCAAAUCCAAACAUAAACUGCACAACCACGACAGACGACAACAAAGUCAACAUGGAUCACAGAUCUAGUAAACUGGAUGUUGUCGGCGAGACUUCUGAUGGGAAGGAAGCUGAGGUUGGGAUUUUGCAUUUCGUCAAUGCUUCUAAUCCUGGAUUCUCGGGAGUGCUCAAGCAGAGAUACACUGACUUCUUGGUCCAUGAAAUUGCCCUGGAUGGGACUGUCAUUCAUUUGACAGAUGAUCAAGCACCAAAAGUCAAUAUUGAUGCACGAAAGGCCCCACAGAUUCAAUCCAACAAGCCUGUCCCAGAGGCUGCAAGCGCCGCUCCCCCAGCAGCUGAAGAGAAUGAAGCCAAGCCUGCUCCGAAAGCCUCCAAAGAGAAUGUUGCUCCUCAACCAUCUUCAGAUUUUAAGUCCGAAGCCGGACCCCUUACCGAACCCCCUUCUACAAAUGCCCCCGGAGAGCCAUUCACUUCAACCGAAACCCAGGACCGAAUCAAGCCCGAAGAGUUUCAGCUACUUAUCGGUUAUUUCGGCCAUGAUCUGACAGAGAAGAUCUUUAAGAUGUACCAGAGUAUUUUAGCAAAACCUAGUUCAAAAGCCUCUACUUUUGGCACUAUCCAAACAGAGCCAAUCACCGACAAGGAGAUCCGUGGUCGCAUUCAUGGUGAUAUUCGUCGAAUCUUCAACUCGAAGUUAGAGACCGAAAUGAUCAACGAAGGUAAGAUCUUGAUCGCCGCCACCCGUGGAGCAAUGAGUCAGAACGGCAGAUACCAAAACCCACGCAAUCAACCCCGUGGUGGUCAACCCCAAGGCAAAGUCGGAUGGGAAGAGCUCGGUGGACAGCAUCUACAUUUUACGUUGGAGAAGAAGAACAAGGAUACAAUGGAAGUGCUUGGCUACUUAGCCCGUAUGAUGAAGAUGAAACCCAAAGAGUUCACUUUCGCGGGAACCAAGGAUCGCCGGGCUGUCACGGUACAGAGAGUAAGUGUUUUUAGAAAACACGUAAAGGAAUUGGUUAAAUACAAUUCUAGUCUGCGAGAUGCUCGCAUUGGCAACUUCGAAUACAAGAAGAAUAGAUUGGAGUUGGGUGAGCUUGGUGGAAACCAGUUCACGAUUACUCUGCGAGAUUGCCAGUUUCCUAAUGAAGCUGGCUUGGACGAGGAGGCACGAUUGGAACUUGGACGCACUCUUGUUGGGGAUGCCGUCAAAUACCUACAGGGGAACGGGUUCAUCAAUUACUUUGGCUUGCAGCGUUUCGGUACCUUUGGCAUCGGGACCCACCAAGUUGGAAUGAAGAUCUUGAAGGAGGAUUUUGAGGGCGCUGUAUGGGACAUUCUGUCGUAUACCGAUGAGACCUUAUCCAUGGGGCUGUACCCCGAGGAACAUCCGGAGCCUCUAAACCGUAUUAACAGGGAUGAUGUUGACCGGGCGCUUGCAAUCAAUAGCUUCAAGAGAGGAGGAAAAUCCCAAGAUGCUCUACGACGCUUACCCAAGAAAUUCCACGGUGAGGCGUCGCUCAUCCAAGCACUUACCGGUAACCAUAAGAGUGAUUUUGCAGGUGCGCUUCUCCAGAUUACCCGAGGUCUGCGUACGAUGUAUGUUCAUGCAUAUCAAUCGUAUAUUUGGAACAUGGCUGCGAGUAUUCGUUGGGCAAAAUAUGGUACUAAGGUCAUUGCGGGUGAUUUGGUGUUCGUUGAUACGCCAGCUCAAAUUGCUUCUGCUGCCAAGGACGAAGUUGAUGAGAAUGGCGAGGUUGUUGUACGUCCUGCGGCUGACGAUACGGCUGUUACUCAUGACGAUUUGUAUCAGCGUGCUAGGCCUCUUACUGAUGAAGAGGCUAAGAGUGGCAAGUACACCAUCUUCGACAUCAUCCUACCUACCCCUGGUUUUGACAUCGAAUACCCCGCAAAUGAUAUUGGGGACUAUUACAAGGAGUUCAUGGGCAGUGAGCUUGGUGGAGGUCUCGAUCCUGCCAAUAUGCGCAGAAAGCACAAGGACUUCAGUCUGAGUGGUAGCUAUCGACCGCUGAUGGCCAAGGUUGGACAGGAUCUGAGCUUCCACGUCCAAGCGUAUCAUUCCGAGACUGAGCAAUUGGUUGAGACAGAUACGGAGAAGCUGGAUAAGUUGAGGCCAAAGAAAGCGGGCUGGAACAAUUCCAAUCGCGAUAGCAACGCCAACAAUACGGAGAACAAGCCCUGGGCUGCUCGUGGUCAGUUCAACAAUUCUAGGGGAGGUCCAUCAAAUGGCCAAGGAAACAACUGGUCCACAGGCCAGGGAAGAAAGAACUACGUUGGCAAGUCCGAGGAAGCCACUCAAGUCCCAAGCGCUCUCAAUGCAUGGAAGGCUUUACCGGAUAAGCUUGCAGUUGAGGAGAAGGCUGCUGCAGAGGCAUACGAGGCGCAAAAGCUCAUCGCAAAGCCCAUUGAUCCCAACACAGUCCCACAACCUUUAAUCAAAGACACUUUCAUCGAGACAACUCCUGGAGAUUGGACUAAAAAGACGGGCAAGAAGACAACCGCCAUUCAUGCUGCUCAGAAUCAGAAGCCCAACAAGGAUGAGGAACAUGAUGCCGGCAUUCCCUCCUUCGAUGGCGCUUCUGAUUCCAAGCCGGGAAGCCCCGCCAAGAAGGUCAAGGAUGCGCUCAAAAGGCUCGAUAAACGAAGCUCUACUAACAAUCUUUCUGCGUCUGGUGCUAACGACGACUCGCUUUCCGAUAACACGGAGCUCACUCCCCAAGAAGCAGGAAUGAUUCCUACCCUACCAGAGCUCAACGUCAGAUCCAAUGUCACGGCAGCGGAGGGUUACAAACCACAUCAAACUGAACGAGCUGCCCAGCAUGUGAUAUCAACAUCUUCCGUCUCUGAUACUUCUGACGGGGGCGUGAAGCUGGGCGGUCACAGAGAUGAGGCGGACAAGAAAACCGCAUCUGUCUUGCGUCCCGAUGAGAAGGAGUUCAGCAUCAAGCAGGAAAAUGCUAGUCCCAAGGAGCCAACUUUCAUGCGAGCCAGCGCUGAAGAAUUCACCCCAAAGCAAGAUGUUCAGAUGUUGGACAGCGCUGAGACUGAGCCAUCGUCCAAGCGACCAGCUGAGGAAAUCACGCAGGAAGCAGAAACACAGCGAGCGAGAAUCGCAGUCGUCGUUAAAUUCGCUCUUGGCUCCUCGCAAUACGCUACCAUGGCACUCCGCGAGCUCAUGAAGGCAGGUGGAGUGAAGAACUAUACGCCUGAGUACUCUUCUGCUCGUUGA